GAAGUCGUCAUAAUGUUAUACCUGAUCGGUGUAUAUGCAAUGGAUCAAAUCACUAUGACCCUGGGUUGAUAACCUGAGGGGCAGUCUGGGAAAUGGAGUCCAAAGUCAAAUGAGUUCUCUGCGCAUGCGCGAGACCGAACCUCGGAGGAAGCGAGAGCUUUGUUUGCGGGUGAUAAAAUACAGCAAGGAAAAUGUCAGGGUUCCUGGAUGGCAUCAGAUGUGGUGACUGUGAGUGUAAUGUUGACUGGGGAGAGAAGAGGAACACCAUUGCCUCGAUAGCGGCUGGCGUGUUGUUCUUCACAGGGUGGUGGAUCAUAAUUGACGCUGCAAUUAUGUACCCCAAAGAGGACCAGUUUCACCAUGCUUAUCACACCUGCGGAGUCAUAGCCACAAUAGCAUUUCUAAUGAUCAAUGCAGUGUCCAAUGGACAGGUGAGAGGUGACAGCUACAGCGAAGGCUGCAUGGGACAGACAGGUGCCAGAGUGUGGCUCUUCAUUGGCUUCAUGUUGGCCUUUGGCUCUCUCAUCGCUUCCAUGUGGAUUCUGUUUGGAGGUUUCGUCGUGGCUUCGAAGGAAACAGUGUACCCUGGAAUUGCCGUUUUCUUCCAGAAUGCAUUCAUCUUCUUUGGGGGUCUGGUGUUCAAGUUCGGACGUACAGAGGACCUUUGGCAGUGAAAAGGAACUCUCCCUGACCUGAAUAAGCCCGGAGUCUGUUGAUACUUCUCUUUUUUUUCUCUUGUCUUUUUUUUUUUUCAACUGUUAAAUAUACUUACUCUUCCCAUGUACAAAUGCCAGUGUUCUUUAGCCAUGUGUCAACAGCUUGAGCUCUCUAAUAAACAGUGAGGAGUUUCUGCUGUUCAGCACACCAGGAGCUGUUUUAGAACAUCUUGAAUUUUUUAAAAGGAGAAUUCCAGUUUUUCAAAAUAUCUGCAUUGUUCAGCGUUUUAGAUGUAAACAAAGUCAAAGUGGUUUGAUGUAAAACUGCAUUGUAGUGAAACUUUGAUUGCUAUACACACAUUUUUUCCCCACAGUGGCACUGAAAGGAACCAGGAUACAUAAUGUCUACCAUGCAAACAUAGCCUUUUUAUAUACUAUCCCAAAUGACCAUUGAUUCACCUCAUCUUUUUAGUUAUUAUAUGUAAUUAUAAUGGUAAAAUAGUGGUAAAUUUGAAAAUAUCAAUUUCUUUUGGGUACUGUUUUGCCUUACAGCUCUCUGCAUGCACCUCUUCACCUGUUUUAGGCCAAACCUUUUGAAAACUAUUGUAAAAGAAUAUCCCACAUAUUCAGACAGCCAUUUCAUGUAAUAACAUUUUGCGAGGUAGCUUUUAGAGGCAUUGUAUUUUUUGGAUGUUCACAGUUAUGAACUCUCUAGAACAGCAUAUUUCACAUUAAACCACUCUUACAUCUUAUCAGUUUAAUUGUGCAGACAUUUUGAAAAUUGGUGACCACAGCCUGUAUUCCCAAAGCUUCUCAGGAUGCUGACUUAGGAUCAGAUUCCUCUUGUUUACUGACUUUAUUGUAGGGCUGAACGACUUUGGGGAAAUAUGUAAUUACGAUUUUUGUGAUUGAUAUUAUGACUGCGAUUUAAAUUGGGAUUAUUUUUGAUGAAUUAAGAUCCAGACCUGUUGUUUUGGUCAAGAAGACGAUCAAAUGUCAUAAUCAUAUUUAAUCAUAUUUAUUAAAAAUCAUAUUUAUUAUUAUAUUUUUUUUGGAUAUGAGGCUUGAACACUGAACAUAGUGUGCCAGACUGCCAGUUAGUCAUGGUGGUGAUGUCACAGCACAUGGGUAUUUGGUUGCUUUUGAACUCGUCUACAGGCAGUUCAUGAGCUCAGUGCUAUUAGGUUAAAUUUCCCCACUUAAAACUCAGUAAUGUUUAUCACGUAAACUGUAGCUCUUUCAAAUCCAAUAUUAAUCUUUCAGCUCUGCUUUACCAACAUGAACAGAUCCUAGAUCAGCACUCCUACUCCGAGAAGCUUCUUGAAUUCAGGUAUUGGAUCUUUUGGCCAUAAAAGGAUGGCAUAGCGAACAAGAUGUUUAGUGCAGCAAGCCCUCCACAUUUAGCUGAUUCACAAGCUGCACACCUUUUACCAGUACUGCACUGAUCUUUCGUAGCUACUGUUCCCUCAGAUUCUGCUUACUUUCGUGCAAUAUUUACUCAAAUCACACUCUGUGGGUGUGGUCUGAGGGAGCGUCCUUCACAGUGGUUUCAUUGGGAUAUUUCAGGUGUAGUCUACCUAUGAGUGAGAGCGUUUUCUCAUUUCCUUUGUAAUGUGGUAGUUUCCUAUGGCAGGCUGAGGGGGAAGUGAUGUGAUGAGGUCUGUUUUUGAUACUCCUGUAUGUUCUGUGUGAGAAGUGUAACAUACUGAUUGUGAAGCUGCAUCUAACCACAUUUAUUGAUCAGCCAAAUUGAACUGUAAAGCAGGAUUUCAUUGUAAAGCUAGCUUAAAAAAAAUGCUAUUUCCAUUUUCCGCUUAGUUCUCUUAGUUCAUUGUGACGUCAUUUUUAAUAAACAAAUGCACCACCAGAUAUAUUUGUCAUUUUAAGUGGAGUAGUCUUGCAUCCCUCAGAAUAAUCUCUACCAAUGUUAUGCUAAUGCUAACUGAAUUCAGAACAAAUGCAACAGAAUCUCGUGAUAUGUGCCCCUUCUUGUGAUUCCAAUUAUAUAUAGUAUCUUUUGUUGAUCGAGCGGCACUGAAGAUUACGUUCCCCUUUUUUUUGCUCUUUGUAAUCUUCUCAGAUAUGUCUAUUUUGUACUCUUGAGUCAUGUUCUGUAGCUUUUAGCUUUAAGUUUGCACUCUAUUUAUGUAAUCCGGCUGCUGUACAGACUAGAUGAUAAGUACAAGCACAAUUUCCUUUUUCCGUAGUCGGGUCGAGAGCCGACAUCGAUGGGAGAAAGCAGCCUUUUCAGCACCAAUGACUUGGUGGUGUUUGUUACUUAGAAACACUAAACGAAUGUAAGCUUAUGUAUUUCGUCUAUACUUUUUGUGACAAAUAAGUAAAGAUAUUUCAGUCGCUAACUGUAUCUGUCAAAGCAAAUAAAAUUAUUGGAAGUUGGCACAUAAA